AUCCUUCUGAGCAUAUUUUAGGAAGUAGCUGAAGAUAUCACUCCAAGCCUCCAUGGCCGCUGUAGUCGCCGUAAUCAAGAGUCCGAGGGUUCUGGUUCUCGAAGGUUGAAGGCGAAGCAACAGAGCUAAAGGGAAGCAUGAUUGGAGCAUUAGGGCUGCUUCUCGCUCCUAGUUCCUUUUUUCAACAGCAUAAUUCUUUGUGUCCAUUUACGCCAUGCACACAACAUUGGCACUUAUUGCACAACAUUCAAAUUUUGUACAAUUCAGCUAACUUGAAGUAUUCCUGUGCAAGUUACAAACUCUCUAUUGGGGAUUUACAAAAAUCUUUUGGCAAAUGCCAUGCUCAAUCUGAGGACAAUAAGUGUGAUGCAAGUGAAUCAAAAUUGGGUCUUGAUGUGCAAACACUUGAGAGCUUCCCAGCUGAAAAAUUGGAUGGAGAAUUUGUGAUUUUACGGUUUGAAUCGAAUCUACUUCUUGAACUAUUGAGCAUUCACAAUAUAUUUGCAAGGAGAACCUUGUCUACUAUUACAUACUUGUACAAUGCUGGGGCUAAAGUACUACUUGUCGGUAAUUGGGGAAGCUCGUCUGACCCUAUGGUUCUUUCUUCGGAGUCCGCUGCUGGUUUUUUAUCAUUGCUCCUCCAAUUAAAAGUUAUAGCGGCAAAAACUAUUUCUUGUUUUAGGGAGACUAAAUCAGAGAAGUUUCAAAUGGCUGAUAUCCUUCUCUUCGAAAAUUUAAAUUUUUUCAGAGAAGAAUUUGUCAAUUGUCCAAUUUUUUCUGAACAAUUGGCUUCGGGAGCGAAUAUUUUUGUAAAUGAUGCUUUCUUUCUUUCACAUAAGAUUCUUGCUUCAACAGUUGGUGCUACUCGUUUUUGUUAUGCUCGUCUUGCUGGUUUUCAUUUUGAAGCACAGCUGCUUAAGUUGAAGAACAUAAGAGAAAUCACUCUGCAACCUUAUGUGAUUGGUGGAGGAAAACUUCGAGAAAAGGCGGCUGCUUUACUUUGUUUAGCUUCUAUCUGUGAUGUUCUGAUCUUUGUGGGCAUGAUUGCAUUCCAAAUUAUGAAUGCAUCAGGAAUUUUUGUGCCCUCAAGCUUUCUGGAGCCUGAUGCCUUCGAUGAAGCGGCAGAACUAAUCGAGCUUGCCAACAGAAGAAAAAUACCUAUAUAUUUCCCAACCGACCUUCACUGUGUCAAUGAUGGCAUUCCAGAAUUGUUUGAAAUAUUUCCUUCAAGGAGUCUUCCGCCUGGUUGGACACCUUUUGACCUUGGUCCAGUUGCGCUGAAGGAGAUAAAUAAUUUUCUUUCGAACUGCAAGAAGGCUUUUUGGAUUGGUCCUGUAAAAUUUGCUUCAUCAGAGAAUGGUGCAGUUGGAGCUUCACAAUUGGCUCGCAUGCUUGAAAUAAUUUGUAACAAUGGCUGCGAUGUAACUAUUGUGGGGAAUGCAGUCUUGCAAACUGUUCUGGCGACAAAAUGUUCUCUUUCCCAAUAUAAAGUGUUUAAAAAUGCAACAGUUGUGUGGAGCUUGCUUGAGGGAAAAACCCUUCCAGGUGUUGCUGCUUUAGACAGAGCCUAUCCAUAUGAAAUUGUUUGGGCUACUAUUUAUGAAAAUCCAACUCAGCCUUUAGUUGUGGAUAUUGGGAGCGGAAACGGGUUGUUUCCAUUAAAGAUGGCUGAAAAAUGGAAAUCUUUAAAUUUUCUUGGAUUGGAGAUCAAUAAUAAGCUGGUCAUGCAUUGUCUGGAUGCCAUUGUUGACUGCAAGAGAACAAAUGUGUAUGCUUUUCCUGAACUAGAUUUCAACUAUCCCCUUUAA